AUGGCAGCAAACACUUCUCCUCUGGAAGCAGAUAUUUCCUGUACUGUGUGUUGUGAGAUUCUCAAGGAUCCUGUAACUCUUCAUUGUAACCACAGCUUCUGUAAAGCAUGUCUCGAUCAGUACCGGAAAGAGAAGGAAACUCAGGAGUGUGCAGUGUGCAGGACCAGGGGUUCAAUGAGGGAUCCUCCUGUGGAUUUCAAGCUCAGGAAUAUUGUGGAGUCCUUCUUAAAGGAACGCAGUGAGAAUCCUCCAGCACCUACUGGAAUACUCUGCAGACUGCACGAGGAAAAACUGAUGCUGUUCUGUGUGGAUGAUGAAGAGGCAGUCUGUCUUGUGUGUCAAACCUCAAAGAACCAUGAGAAUCACAAUCUCUGUCCUGUUCAGGAAGCUGCACUGGGUUAUAAGGGAGAACUCAAGACUGCGCUGAAGCCCUUGCAGGACAAGCUGGAAUCCUUUAAUAAAGUUAAAGAAGAAUGGGUUGAAACAGCAGAUCACAUCAAGAAACAAGCCCAGCAAACAGAGAGGCAGAUAAAGGAGGAGUUUAAGAAACUUCACCAGUUUCUACGAGAUGAAGAAAAGGCCAGGAUAGCUGCACUGAGGAGGGAAGAGGAAAAAAAGGGAAGAAUCAUGAAAGAGAAGAUUGAAAAACUUACAAGAGAAAGCUCAUCCCUUUCAGACACAAUCAGAGUGAUAGAACAGGAGAUGGAAGCUGAAGACAUCAUCUUCCUGCAGAUGUACAAAGACACAGAGAGAAGAGCCGAGUGCACACUGCAAGAUCCAGAGUGUGUUUCAGGAGUGCUGAUAGAUGUAGCCGAGCACCUGGGCUCUCUGAAGUACAAAGUGUGGGAGAACAUGCUGAGGAUUGUUCAAUACAGUGAGUACUGUGGGGCAGCAUCGCAAAGGAGGAGGUGUGGGUGCAUAUAA